AUGACUGGAUCGACUGAAUUAAAGAGUGAAUUAGUAGAUAUCGUAGUAAGUUCUAUGGAUGACAGCACAGUGGUUGAAUUACCAAAUGUCAGAACGGUGAACCAAAUACCAAUUUCAGAGUCUUGUGUAGCAAAAAGAGGUGAUAUAAGAAAAUGGCCACACUUACGCAAUCUUCCGUUGCAAGAGUUAGAGACUUGUGAAGUUAUGCUGGUUAUUGGACUGCGCGAAAAUCCUAAGUUGUUUCUACCUUUGGAAUAUAAAUUGGGAGAGGAGAAGGAUCCAGUGGCAAUUAAAUACAGUUUAGGAUGGACAGUGAUUGGUCCUGUCGCCUACCAAAAUGAACGGUGUGCAUCGGCUAAUCUUGCACGAUUGGAAUUCGAUGGCCCCGACUCUGACACUAACAAUGAAGUUGAUGAAGCGGAAAAUGAAUGCCUCAAGUAUCAAUUGGAAAGACUGUGGAAGACCGACUUUGAGGGCUCCCUAGUUGAAACUAAAGUGUGUCCGUCGCUUGAAGACAAGAAAGCGCUUCAAAUAAUGGAAGAGACGCUGACAGUAGUGGAUAAUCAUUUUCAAGUUGCUCUGCCAUGGCGAAAGAAACCGCCCUCCUUACCCAAUAAUAGAAUAAUCGCAGAACGCAGAGGCUUGCUUUUGAAAAAACGGCUCCUCAAGGAUGAAAACCUGUUGGAAAAGUAUCAAGCAACAAUAAACGAUUACAUUGAUAAAGGCUACGCAGAAAGAAUUCCUCAGGAUCAACUAGAGGUAAACGACAGACCAACGUGGUACCUACCACAUCACCCGGUUACUCAUCCUCUAAAGCCCGAAAAGGUAAGAGUCGUCUAUGAUUGUGCAGCCAGAUAUGAGCAAACGUCGUUGAAUCAGCAACUUCUACAGGGUCCGGAUCAGACAAAUCUACUAACAGGCGUGUUAAUUCGCUUCAGAGAGGAAUUGGUUGCAGUAGUUGCUGAUGUAGAAGCAAUGUUCCAUCAGGUUCUAGUGGAACCAAAGGAUCGGGACGCAUUGCGAUUCUUAUGGUGGCCAAAUAAAGACCUUUCUGGAGACAUGGAAGAAUACCGAAUGACGAGACAUUUGUUCGGAGCAACGUCUUCUCCAAGUAUCGCCAAUUUCUGUUUGCGGAAGACAGCCGAGUUGUAUCAAAAAGAAUACGACUCACUAGCAGUAGAGACGGUGAAACGUAACAUGUAUGUUGAUGACUUGAUGAAAUCAAUAAGCGAACCAGAAAAAGCAAUAAGUUUAGCGAGUCAAUUGCGUCAACUAUUGAUAAGAGGAGGAUUCCGUCUUACAAAAUGGUACAGCAACAGUAGGAGCUUGAUAGCAACAAUUCCCGAAACUGAGAGAGCAAAAUCCGUAAAGAAUUUGAAAUUGGAUAAGCUUCCCACAGAAAGUACUCUUGGAAUAAAGUGA